GGCGGUCGCGGCGAACGGGGCAGGUCGCGGUCGGCGGCGCCCGGCCCGGCCCGGCCCUCCCCCUGCGAGGGGCUCGCCGCCUCCCCCCCCCCCCGCUGCCAAGGAGCUGUUGGGGGGGAUUUAUAGGAGUAACAACGGCUCGUGAUGUCAACCCGUGCCUAAAAUAGAGAGGGAUUGACUGCAAAUCCACGGCUCGAGGGCUAAACCUUCCAAUCCAGCCUCAGCCAGCGCCGCGCCGAUGUGAAGUCGCCCCCCAGCUCUCGCACACAGCCGCGCAGACACGCACACGCUCCCCGCGGCGAGGGGAGGGCGCCGGGGAUCGCAGUCCAGGUGCCAGCGCCUCCUCGCCCCGCCGGCCACUGCUGGGCGGCUGCGGCGCAGCAGCGCCGGUCCCUGGGGCACCGAGAGCCUGCUCUGGGACGGCGGGGUGGGGGAGAGCCGAGGAGCGGAGCUGCCAGAUCCUCGCCCAGCGGAGCCCCCAGGAUUACAAGGAAUUGCGUGCUCCUUCCCAGACGUGAGCGAGGGUUAUACCAAAGAACCAACCUCCUUCGCGCCCUGCUGUCCAAAUUAAUCCCUUGGACCCUUGAGAAGACAGGGUUUUUUUCGGAACCAUGGCAUCGUCAGAAGGUGCCAACAAUAUGCCUAAGCAAGUAGAAGUCCGGAUGCAUGAAAGUCAUUUAAAUCCAGUGGAGCACAGAUCCAGGAACAUAUGUGUGCAGUUCUGCCAGUCCCUCCACAGGAAUCUGCUCCUGACUCUUACUGUGUUUGGUGUCAUCCUGGGUGCAGUGUGUGGGGGUCUUCUUCGCCUAGCAACACCUAUUGACCCUGACAUCAUCAUGUUAAUAGCCUUCCCAGGAGACAUACUUAUGCGGAUGCUAAAAAUGCUGAUCCUCCCUUUAAUUAUCUCCAGUUUAAUCACAGGGCUGUCUGGAUUAGAUGCUAAAGCAAGUGGCCGCCUGGGGACAAGAGCCAUGGUCUACUACAUGUCCACCACUAUUAUUGCUGCUGUGCUGGGUGUGAUUCUGGUUUUAGCCAUCCAUCCAGGGAAUCCAAAACUCAAGAAACAGCUUGGGCAAGGGAAGAAGAAUGAUGAAGUAUCUAGCCUGGAUGCCUUCCUGGAUUUGAUCCGAAACUUGUUCCCUGAAAAUCUGGUUCAAGCAUGCUUUCAGCAGAUCCAAACUGUCACCAAGAAAGUGCUGGUGCCACUACCUGUUGAAGAGCCACCUAAUGUCACUGAUUCUGCUAUUGCUGUGGUGAAUGAGACAGCAGCACCUGAAGCCCAGAUGGUCAUUAAGAAGGGACUGGAAUUUAAGGAUGGCAUGAACGUCUUGGGUUUGAUAGGAUUCUUUAUUGCUUUUGGCAUUGCUAUGGGGAAAAUGGGAGAACAGGCCAAGAUGAUGGUGGACUUCUUCAACAUCCUGAAUGAGAUUGUAAUGAAGUUAGUAACCAUGAUCAUGUGGUACUCCCCGUUGGGUAUUGCUUGCCUCAUCUGUGGCAAAAUCAUUGCAAUCAAGGACCUAGAAGUAGUUGCUAGACAACUUGGCAUGUACAUGGUCACUGUGAUUGUGGGUCUUGUCAUCCAUGGAGGGAUCUUCCUGCCUCUGCUCUACUUUGUGAUAACAAGGAAAAGCCCAUUUUCAUUCCUUGCUGGGAUUUUCCAGGCAUGGAUCACAGCACUAGGCACAGCUUCCAGUGCUGGAACAUUACCCGUCACAUUCCGGUGUCUUGAAGAAAAUCUUGGCAUUGAUAAGCGUGUAACAAGGUUUGUUCUUCCUGUUGGAGCAACUAUUAACAUGGAUGGAACUGCCCUUUAUGAAGCUGUGGCUGCCAUCUUCAUAGCACAGAUGAAUGGAAUUGACCUGGAUGGAGGCCAGAUAGUUACUGUGAGUUUGACCGCCACCCUUGCGAGUGUUGGAGCUGCCAGCAUUCCCAGCGCGGGACUCGUCACAAUGCUGCUGAUCCUGACUGCCGUGGGUCUCCCUACCCAGGACAUCAGUUUGCUUGUUGCUGUUGACUGGCUUUUGGACCGGAUGAGAACGUCAGUCAAUGUAGUGGGGGAUUCUUUUGGUGCUGGCAUUGUCUACCACCUUUCCAAGGCAGAACUUGACACCAUUGAUUCCCAUCAUAAAGGGCAUGAAGACAUUGAAAUGACCAAGACUCAGUCAAUCUAUGACGACAUGAAAAAUCAUAGGGAAAACAACUCAAACCAAUGUGUUUUUGCAGCUCACAACUCAGUCAUGGUAGAUGAGUGCAAGCAUGGGGAAUUUCAGCUCUGUCUUUAAGUUUUCAUUUGAAGCUGAAGAUGUUAACUUACAAGGUAACACUGGCAACCAAUGGCAAAUCUGCAGACUUCAAUGUUGUUGAAGAAGAGCCUUGGAAACGGGAAAACUAAAUGAAGAGGUUCCUAGCUGCUUCCUUAAUAAGUCCUGAAGCUAUCUUGAGGCAGAAGAUACCACAAUUAAGAAGAUUUCUCUUUUUUUUUUUUUCCAAUUUAACAUCUACAGUUUCUGCUUAAUUUUGUAACUGAAACUUAGCAAAGAUCUCAUCAAGUCAUUGUAGUGUCUUUGCCAAGCAAUGAUCCAUAGCCAUCUGUCUCCCUUGUGUUACUGUUUGGAUGAUGCACGUGGAGAAUGCUCCGUGCAGUGCAAUGAGCUCUCACCCACUUCCCCUUUCGUUCAAGACACUGAGAAUGUAAAUGCUGCAAAAUGGGAAGAUCAAAGUGCCAGUACAGUUCACUACAGGGACUCAGGGUCACAGAUACAAGAGAAACAUAACACCACAUAAGCCUUCAAGUGUUUUGGUGACUCUUGUGGCAUACCUGAUCUGUUUAUCACUGUAUGGCUAAAAUACCUUUUGAAAACAUCCCUGAAGAUUUCCAUUUGUUUUGAUAAUAACAAGCACUGUACUUUUGUGCCUAGUUGUUCUUCAAACUGAGCUUAGAUCCGGGGGCAGGAUUAAUGCAUAGAAGUCAAUAAAUUGUCCCAGACAUUUUGUUAGAUCAGUACAACUAAAACUUAGCAUCAAGAGAAGACCUUCAAUUUGUAUGUGCAUGUGAUGUGUUUCUAUCAGAUGUCCCAGGGCAGGUGCAGCCUUUCUUUUAUGCUGGGGCUGUGCUGCUUUGUGACCACAAUGCACCAUACAAUACAAGGCAGUAUAAUUACAGGGGUAGUAGUUCCUUCACCAAAAUCUAUGGCUGAUGUGCAAAAUAUAGAAAACCAUGGACUCAGUUGUGCCAUUUUUAAUCAAAGUAGGUGGUACCUUACUAUUCACCAUGAUGUCAGAGGAGUUUCCGCCAUGCAUGGGAAGUAGGGUACUACUAAGAUUGAUUAUGGAUGUCAUGAUUGGGUACUUGAUCAUGAGCUGCAAACAAGAGCUCUGAAUCCAUUACUCUUAUAGAAUUUUUGAAUAUAAUCAUCAGUAGCAUUUGCUAUAAAGUGAAAGCCAUCUUUCGAGUACAUCAUGUUUCAUAGAGUGGCUAAAUCCUGAAUUCAUUGCUAAACCAAAUUCCAUAUAAAGUUAAGAGAAUUUGUCUAGGAUUAGGACUGAAUGAAAAUGAAGCCAGAAUUUCAGGAUUUAGGCCAGUAUGUUGCAUUACAUCUCUGUCUCUUUUGCAGAGUAAUAAGUAUAUAACUCCCUAAUGUCAGAGAAAUGUUUCUUUGAGCACAUGGCAUCUGAAUUAAUGAGACAGAGUUUGAUCAACAUACUAUAUCUGACUCAACCUGUCAGAAGAAAUUGCAGUGAGAAUAAACACCUUAUGAAAAUUUUUUAAAGGUGCUUGUUAAUACUUAGCAAUUUUAAGAUGCUGGUGAAUACCAUUAUACUGUUAGCAAUGUUCCAUAGCAAAGCUGAGCCACGUGGUCUUGGAAGGUUCUUCUCACAGAACAAGAUUUGUGCAAUUUUGGGGGGAGCUCUCAGAAGUUUUCAGAAUGAAUCAUAAUAUGAGCAUAUGGUGAACUUAAAAAUGGCAAGAAACAGAGUUCAAACAUUUAUGGAAACAGGCCAUUUAGUGUCUAUGCUCAGACCAGUCAUGGGUUUAAAGGGGAAUAAUGUGUUUAACUGUAGAGUGUUAUUUGGCUCUGUAGAAGCUAUUAAAGUAAAAAUAUAAUCUGCUUUUGUUCAUCUGCAUUCAUAUAAAUAUCUCUGAAACUGCACAUGGACCUAAGCCAGCCAAGGCUACUUGCAUCGUUAAUGAUGUGCAAGAUCAAGUCCACUGUCAGAGUAUCCCUCAUUUAAGCAUUUAUCGUGGAAUAGUUUUCUUACCACUGUAUUUUUGUCAUCACUUGAAUGCCAUGGCCAAGCAAAUCCUAAGCAAAAUGGCCUAUAUAAUUUAACCAAUAUUGAACCACUGUGAAUUCUGUAGGCCUCUAAUAUGUUUUAGAGGGGGAGGCCUUUCCCAAAGGCCUCCUGAAGGAUCUUGAGGAUUUAAUUUUUUUUUUUUUUUGUGAAGGAUGGAAUUGUAGAUUUCUCAGAGAAGUGGCAGGCAGGUUAUAUUCUCUUUUCUUCAGUCAUUGCUAUUAGCAUAUCCAGAGUUAACCUCUGUCUAGCUAUUGCUUUUCAAGUAGCAUUCCCUGGGUUAUGGGCCAGAAAUGUGCCUGGGAUGGUGUGUAGGUACUGUAAAAUGUUCCCUACUCUGAGGGUGCUGGCUUUCAUCAAGUGAAAUUUGCUGUCUCUUGAGGGGCAGUUAUAUCCAAGAAUGAACACGCAGCAUUUACCCCAAUUUAUAUCCAGCAUUCUUGAGCAGUUUCAUGGCACAGCUCACCCCAUUAAUAGAUGAUUUUUUGUCCUCUUCACCACAGCAGUUUCUUAGGAGCAGCCACACUGAUUGCUUGCAUUGAAAGUAGCUUUAGAAAAUUGGUCCAUAUACUUUUAGCUGUCAUUUGAAACUGUUUAGCAGUUGGAAACAAACAGGAAUGUCAGCAACAUGUGACCAGGCAGCUCCACAAAAUUACAUAUUGAGAAACACUUAGAAUAUGCUUACAGUUAUCCACUUGGGAUGUAAUGCCCUUUGAAGAGUGCUUCUUUGGAUGGAGACUAGGGAAGGAAGGAAUGCAGUGCUAGAGAAACCCCACCCACAAAUGGGAAGAUAAAUUUGGAUCUUUUGAUAGGAUUAGAAUUGCAGACUGUGAUUUUAAAGUGGUAAUUCUGUAGAUACAGUAACUCAGGGAUUUUUCAAAAUAUAAUUAUGACAGUAUUUCUCUAUUUAAAUGUGGAUGUGGGAGAAGGAGAAAUGUUGGGUUUCAUAUAUUCCUCUGCUUGUAGUCUGACUGAAUAUUUAAUAUAGUGUUACUCCAGUGCAGCACUGUAUUAAAUCAUCAAAAAGCUUUCCAUUUAUGUGGGAAAAUGUAACUCACUCUUGGCUUUCAUUUCUCGAUUUGCUCAUUCCAUGAGGCUGGGUUGCUACUUAACUAAAUAAACAGAAAAUAACCCAGGGACCAUCCACUUCAGCUAAUCCAAGGUUCACGUUUCAGCAGGCAGUGCUGGUUACUGGCCAGCCUCCUUUUACUUUCACUAGGAGUCUCAAUGCAUUAAUUUGCAUCUGGCAAAUUUUUUGUAUCUGCUCACAGUGCUGGGGUGGCAAAGUCAAAGAAAAAGCUCAGUGAAAAGUCAUUUGGUUUCUGUGUAGUUUAUAUUAACAUUGUUUUCUGCUGCUCUGUCGGUUCCCUCCACCUUUGUCUGUGCAACUGUGAUAUCCUUUGGCCUUUAGAUUGCUGGCAGCACAUUGGCACAUGGAAGAGUCUAGACCAGGCAAAGACUCAGUUCAUUGCAUACAAAAUUACAUACAUGCUUGCACAUUUGCUUCAUGCAUUUGCUGCUGAAGCUGGGUCAGUAUUCUCAUAGUAUCUGUUCACUGAAAGUAAAGCAGGCUGUAUGUUAGAACUGCAGGAGAGGUGGAGCACUUUGCCACUUAAAUUGUUUCUUCAUUGCUUCCCUUGGAAAACAACGUCUGCACCAGCCUUUUAAGAAAUGUGUGUGGGUCUUAGACACAAAGAUUCUUCAAACAUGUAGGGCAAAAGCCACUUGGUCCCUAUUAAAAAAUGUGGUUUUUCCAUUCAAAUUGGUGAGAAACUCAUGCCUUUGAAAAACUGUUUGCAGUAGUAAAAACUGUGCGUGCAAUGUUUUGACUACGUGAAAACCCCACUGAAAUCUGUGGGAGUCACAAUGUUCCAGGAAAAAUCAAGUCUCUUCCUGACUCUGUUAAGUUAUAAGACAUUUCACAAUCCUAUCCUAGGGAAUAGUCUUUGUCUGCUAUUUAUAAUGAAGUUGAUUCUCACAUGGAAAAGAUUUCUGCCAAGAUACUUCUUUUAUACCUAAUUGUUUCAGUGCUACAAGUCCAGCACUGAAUUUAAACUCAGCCCAAAAAUAAGGCUCACUCUCAUUACAGAUUUUUCCCUUGUUUUUUCUGAGAUAUAGAUGAUCUCCAUUUCUUUCUCAAAGCACAUGGAAUUCUAGACUUUAUGCCACUUUUAAAAGUAGGAGUAAUAUAGAUUUCUAAUUUGUUUUCCAUCACUCCCAGGGCCACUAGUUUUCUGGCAGUAGACACGCAGAAGAGUAGACUGUUCAUCUGAGAAGCUGAGGCAUCGGCAUGUGAACAAAUUUAUUCUGGUGACUUGCCUCGAUUUUCUUUGCUUCCUUGCCUUCAUCUGUGUUAUUGCAGCCUUGUUGUAGCAACACAGAAGCAGUUGCACAAAUCCCCAUAAUUAUAGGCAAUAAUAAACCUCCCCUCUAACAUUCACUUCUCUUUCUAUCUUUAAAAAGGCUCUGAGCUUUAGUACCAGGCUCAGAAGAAUCCUUUUGUGGACACAUAAAGGUAUAACUGUUUCUCAUCUCUUUAAUUUCCAUUCAGAUCUUUUUAUUGCUGCAUUUGAAUUAAUUUACAGAAGGAUAAAUAAGGGCACUUUAUAAAAAUGUACUGUAAUAUUAUUCUGUUAUGAGCCUGAAGACUAUCUUGAUUUUAUUACUGUGACUUUUAAGGCCACAAUUACGAUAUUUUUCAUAUUAGCCAUUAUGAUAGGUGUGUAGUCCAUUGAGACAGUUCACCUUAGCUAUAAUUCACCAUAUAAGAUUAUGCAGAAGCACCUGUUCCCAGCAGAAAGCAUUCUUGGAAAGAUGAGUUAUUUUCUUCUCUCCAAUAAUAUUGGUGACUUUGAAGGGAAAAUAUUUACCCAGUUUCCUUUGCCCGAAGAAUGGUAUAGAGAGUGUAGCUUUAAGUAGUAAAAAGAACAAACAAAGGAUUUACAGUUGUGAAGUGUCAAAGAAGGCAGUCAACUGUAAAUUACUUGUUCAUCUUUGCCAUGCUGUUUUUGAAAAUGUUGUGUUCUUGCUCAUGAUUUUCCUGAAACAAUGUGUUUGGUGUAUAUUCCUUCCAAAGUCAUCAGUCUUUCUUCCCCAUGGGCACCAAGGCUGUGUCUCCCCCCAGACAACGCACAGAGCCGAGGCAGGACUCCUGGGGAAGCCCCCAGCAGCACUGCCUGCUACCAGCUCUACAGUGGGGGCCUCCCUCAGUUUUCCUCCUGGUCAUACUUCGUGUUCAGUGGAAAUCUGCUACUAUGAAUGAGUCAAACUGCUGCUGAUGUCCAGGUCCUGGUAAUUCUUUUACUUCUCUUUUGAGUGGCCUCCCUGGCACAAGAUUCCAAGGAACUGUCCCUUACAGGUGCCCACCAUCCCAGAGACAUCUUCUGGGGAAACCCAGUGCCCACCAUCCCAGAGACAUCUUCUCCUGUUCAGGGGAAACCCAGUGACUCCCCACUAAUGGUUGGUACAAAUCUAACAGAUAAAGUGGUUAUGCAGUUUCAAUUAGGAGUCUUACAAAAAAGCCAGGUUACAAACAUUGGAAAAGCCUAGAGCACAUGACUGAGCCACUGAGUAUGUCUCUACUAAGUCCAGGAUGGAAAUAACCAACAGCCUAAUGCAAGAUUUGGGGAGACAAGAAGACUUGUGAGGUUUCUCACUUAACCCAACCUUUGAUCUCCUUUCAUUUCUAACUCCAUCCUGCUGCAGAGCCAAUGCUGAUCAAUGCUAGAGCAUCCAGUCUUUCUAGUUUUCUACUCACCAUUCAGGGGUCCUGCAACUGUUUUUAAUGAUGCUCUGUGGCACACACCAUUGCACAAAGGGAAGCUGUCUUAGGCAGCAUCACACAGCCUGGAUUGUCUUGUACCUGUAUAUUGCUUUGUACAUAAAUAGUGUAGUCGACUGGAAUUUUUGUAUCAUUCUAUUCCAUUCAUUUUUUCUACAGUUUUUCAAAGACUGUAAGCAAACUGUGCUUGCAUAUUGAUUUUUCAGUCAGUAUUGUAGAUUAUAGCAUUUCCAUGUUGGCGUUUUGUAUGGACUUGUGAGUUCUUGUGUACUACAGGUUGUCCUUCCUACUUAAAGACGACUGCACACACUUCCAUCCAAUAUAUCCUGCUCCUUUCUUAAAUAUAUCUUAUUUCCUAUGAUCCAGUAUGAGCUCUUGCUUGUAGAAUGCAUCAGAAGAAGCUGAAAAUGUAUUUAUAGUGUUAAAUAUUGUGUGCUCAACACUGAUUUAGUUAAGAAUAAUACAGGUUUUAGGGAUUUGUACUUGUUCUCUGGAAACUACAGUGUAGACUGAAUUAAAUUACCUAGUAUCUGUGAUUUACAGACACAGAAAUAUUUUCUUAUAAUGUUUUGUAUGGGAAGGGAAAUAAUCCUUUAAAGGUGAUCUAUACCUUAGAACAAAAUCAGUUUUCUUAUGACAUUUAGGAUCAAUGAAAUAUUUUUGUGCUAUGUUUGGUGAUGAAUUAUAGACAAAGCACAAAAUGCAAGAAGCAAAUAGGAAUUUCAAGAUGUCCUUAAAUGCUGCAGUUCAUCAUGGAACAAUACUAUAAUAAUCUGAGCAAUCUUCUAGAUUGACUGUCUUGGGCAAUCGUCCCUCACUUUUAUAAUUUUUCCUGAUGUUACCUUUGCCAAAUCCUGCAGUUCUUCCUUAGGACCUGUUAAUGUAUAACUGACUGGCUCAGAAUGCAGUUUAUAGAAAAUAGAUCUGGGUAGGCAAAAAAAUAUGUUGUCAGGCCCCAUCCAUCUUGCUACAAUACAGUGUGUGUGAGUUCAGCCUGUGGAAAAAGUUCAGGAUUUUGCCAUCUAAUUUUGCCUUCUUGAAAAAGGACCAACAGAACCACCAUGGGACCAAUGUAACUAGGUAGCAUCCAUAGAAAUACCUCCUCUGUUCUUAAGUAUUUUUAAGAGAAUAACCACUAUAUUUUUCAACCCAAAUGACAGUUACUUCUCAUUUUGGUAAUUUCUUCCCAUUAGGCAAAUACCUGUUGCCAUCAAGGUCAUGGCUAUAACAAUUUCAACUCAAUUAAUAAAGAACUGUUUCUAGAGGAAUAAAAAUAAAAUAAUAUAAAUAUUCAUAACAACUAUGUAACAAAGAAAAAAAUCUUCUAUGGCCUACUAGCUGUUUGACUGUAAUUCAAAACAAAGAAAACAUGGAAGAGGAAGGACUGCUGUCCCAGUGUGACUGAUACUGGGUAUCUCUUCAGCUAUUCAGAAAUCCAUGGGGCCAUGUUAUUCUGCGGAGGUUUUGGAGCCUACGUUUCUAGUAGAUAUAUAUGUAGGAAGUGUGUUGAUAUACCCUUGUAUUUUGAUCUAUAUUGUAUUUUAAAUCAGAUGUAACAGGUAUUAACUUAAUAGGAAUUGCAGGUAGAAUAGUGCUGAGUUACUAAUAGCUGUAAAACCUUAUCGAUACCAGUUUUGACAUUUUGUUGAAGCAUGAUGUCCAGUGCCUCUCUGCACUUAGUGUAGAUAAUGUAGCUAUCAAUACGUAAUUUCAGUGAAAUGGUGUAUACAGUAUGUGUAGCUGUGCUUUAAAUUAAUUUAAUUGGUUUCUGUGUAUUGAGCCAUAGUAGAAAAUUAGACUGUGUUUUAAAAUUUUGUUCAACUUUCUGUUUUUCAUUUAUAUCUGGGUUUGUUUCUUUUUGACCGUUCAACUGAUUAGAUUCCACAGCUUAGUAACUACUUUAUCUGUCUCUUAUGGAGCACCCAGGUUUAAUAACAUUCAGAAUCGUGUAUGCAGCCAGCUUAUUGUAAAUAGGUUUCUUUUAGUUUUCAGUAUCUAACCAGUAUGGUGUGUGUUAGAAGCUGCAUGUGUGUAGUUCCCUGGCAGUGAGUGAAAGUGAUCCCAGCAUAGGUUUGCUGCCUGGUGAAUACGCUUGUUAGGACAUAAAGAAUUAAUGUUCGCCUGGAAUGAUAAGUUUCUGUUUUAUUUUCUUCUUGUUUGCUUCAAAUGUUUGGACUCUUUAUCACCACAAGCUUAGUAAGUCACUGUUUAAAUUGGCACAGUGAAUCAGGGGAAGUCCAUCUAGCUGCAUUCCUGCUGGAUGCCCGGGCUGUUUUUGGCUCUGUGCAUCAUCAGCCCUUAGUCACCUCACAGCAUCAAAGGAUCCCUCUGAGGCACUUCCAGUCCCUCCUUGACCACAGGUGCCAGGAAAGCAGUGCAGUCCCACAGCUGGGGCUGGGCAAGCCUGCAGGCAGCAAGGGGCUGCCAGUUCUCUCCAGAGUGCCUGAGGAGUACCAGUAGGAACCUCUGCUUCGUCCCUCUAGCAGGAACAGUCUCUGAGAAGGAUGAAUCCACUCAUGGGCAAUGGGGCACUGUUUCUUUCGUUGCUAAAAAGGGAUAUUAGCAUUUAUUGGAAAAUAAAUGCCAAAUUAAAUACCUCUAAAGCUACUGUGGUUGUUGUACAGGCCUGUUAUUUACAAAAGUAUGUCUGAUCAUAAAAACAGACAGAUCAACUACACAGUCAGUGGCAAAAAUCUUCUGAUAUCCGAGCUACAGUUCAGAUCUAUGAAAAAAUAGAACCCUGCAGCAACAAGAAGCUGAUUCAUUCCUAGAUACUCUGGACCUGGGGCUUAUAAAUAGAAUCAUCCCCUCUAGGCAGAAAGAAAUAAAAAUUAGGCAGGCCCCAAAGCAUGGAAACUAUCCUGCUUGGUGAGUCCCAUUAUGAUGCUUCAGGAUGAAUUGCACACUGGAGUAUUCUGUGCUGCCUGCUCAUCAUCCCUUGCCCCUUCUUUAAGGUGACCAGGCAUGAACUGGAAUGUUUUGCAAUGUUCUAUUGUAAAAAGGAUUAAAAAGGAGAAGGAUAAGGUUGGUCUUUACACACAGAAAGUUCCUGAGAUUUUGAAAUUACAUGCUGUACAGUAUCUAUAGCACAGUUUGUUUAGAAAUUAAUAAAUGCAGAUGGUAAAAUUUCUCCCAACCCUGGGCUCUGUUCUUGUAUAUUGUAGUUGGAAUGCCCUGUAGACUGAUUCUAUUUUUGUAGUUCAGAUCCUUUCCUCUUUACAAGGAUUGUUAGUCAUUUGCUUUUAAUGCUUUCUUACAGACCGAACUGAUUUCUGUAACUUCCAUGUAUAAAACAACUAGACAUUCUUUCUAUACUGGAAAUAGUCAUGAAUAUAAUAUUUCACUAAGUGUUGUACCUCUUAUGUACAUAUCAUCAAUAAAUGUUGAUUCAUAAUUUUCACAGCUUA